AUGCAGUGCCGGCUCCUCCGGGGCCUGGCUGGAGUCCUCCUCACCCUUCUGUGCGUGGGGCUCCUCUCCCUCCGGUAUCACUCAAGCCCAUCCCCGCAGGGCGUGCCGGAGGCCCCCGGGCUGAGCCCGCCGAGCUCUCAGCCCCCGGAGCUGCAGAUGCACGAUGUCUUCAUCGCAGUCAAGACAACCCGGGCCUUCCACCGCUCCCGCCUGGAGCUGCUGCUCGACACGUGGGUCUCCAGGACCAGGGAACAGACGUUCAUCUUCACCGACAGCUUGGAUGAAGGCCUCCAGGAGAGACUGGGGUCCCACCUCGUGGUCACUAACUGCUCUGCGGAGCACAGCCACCCUGCCCUGUCCUGCAAGAUGGCUGCUGAGUUUGAUGCCUUCUUGGCCAGUGGACUGAGGUGGUUCUGUCAUGUGGAUGACGACAACUACCUGAACCCGAGGGCGCUGCUGAAGCUGCUAAAAACCUUCCCGUGGACCCGCGACGUCUACAUCGGCCGGCCCAGCCUGAACCGGCCUAUCCACGCUUCUGAGCCGCAGCCGAACAACCGCACGAGGCUGGUACAGUUCUGGUUUGCCACCGGGGGCGCCGGCUUCUGCAUCAACCGCAAACUGGCUUUGAAGAUGGCCCCAUGGGCCAGUGGCCCCCGCUUCGUGGACACAUCUGCCCUCAUCCGGCUGCCUGACGACUGCACUGUGGGCUACAUCGUCGAGUGCAAGCUGGGCGGCCACCUGCAGCCCAGCCCCCUCUUCCACUCCCACCUGGAGACCCUGCAGCUGCUGGGGGCUGCCCAGCUCCCAAAGCAGGUCACCCUCAGCUACGGCGUCUUUGAGGGGAAACUCAAUGUCAUUAAGCUCCACGGCCCCUUCUCCCCUGAGGAGGACUCCUCCAGGUUCCGCUCCCUCCAUUGUCUCCUCUACCCGGAUACUCCCUGGUGCCCGCAGCUGGUGGCCCGAUGAACCCUGAACCUCCGGGCAAAGGUUGAGCUGAAGCCGUUGGUUGUCCUUAGCCUCCCAGGUGGCCUUGAGGGCCCGUGGCAGUUCCUGUGUGGGCAGCAGUCCCUGGCAGGG